AUGACGACAGUUGAGGAACUCACAGGGAUCGUUAAAGGACUAGCUGACGUGGUAAAAUCCCAGCUAACAAACCAACAUGAUGCCCAAGAAGCAAAUCGACAACACAUCGAAGCACUCGCGAAAACUGUCGCAGAUUUAGCCACAAAUUCCCCAAGUUCAAGCCAUGUUGACACUUUGAAGUUGCCUCAAGUGGUUUUACCUCGCUAUACAGGUAAGCCUGACGAACAACUUGACCGUUUUCUUGACCAGCUUACGACGCUAUUAAAAUCCUCUGGAGUUCCAGCUAAACAUUGGACAACCUAUCUUAAGCAACAGGUGCAGCAAGAUUUACGUGCUUAUGAUUCUGUUGUGUUUGCUGAAGAAGAAUGUAAACAUGCUCUUGGAGAGGACCCUGCCAAUAUUACUAUCGAACAGUAUGAAACGUACUUUAACCUUGUCAAAGCAUCAGUUAAGAAACGUGGAAAACCUAAAGAUGAACGUAUACGUGAAUUACUUCAAGUCUACUACAACCUCCAACAAAGUACAGCAGAACCUGUUUCAACUUUUGCACACCGAUUCUGUGACAUUCAACACGAACUCGAGAAAUGUAUUCCUGGAAUACACUAUACAGGCACGAAUGAUGAUAUCGAACUGAGACAUGCAUUUUUGAUAAAACUUCGACCGGAAAUUGGAAAAGCUCUGAUGAGCCGAGACGCCAAGUAUUCUUCUCUAUCGGAAGUUAUUGAAGCUGCUAACAGAUUUGAACAAAGUUUUCCCCCAUUACCUCUCCUUUCAGCAGAAUAUGUUGACCCAUUUCGUGAAGACAAAGCUAUGUUAAAACCCAAAUCCUGUUACAACUGUAAUCAACCUGGUCAUUUCAAAAGAAACUGUCCUGCUUUGUACAAUCCUGGGACAAACCAAGAACGGAAACAAACAUUUCGUGGAAAUACUACCAGUCAAACCGAAGUGUGCCUCCAGUGGAAUCAACGAGCUGUUCCUCGCUGCUUACUUCCUGAUAAUCAAUGCAAGUUUCAUCGACAACAUGUGUGUCUGGUUUGCAAAAAGAAGGGAUGUAAACAACUGUUGCACAAAGAAGAUAAGUUGCCUACACAAAGUCAACUGGAAGAAAAGCUAUCAAGUAAGUUUCAGGCACAAUUUGAUAGUCUGCUCUAA